GCUGGUGGCUGCUGUGUCAACGUCCUCAGCGAGGAGUGCCCACUGUGGCAGAACGGGAACGGGUACGGGCACCCUGCCGCUCCCUCGGCAGGGCCUGCUCGCUUAUCGCUGACUAUAUAAGCAGAUCGCGAGCGGCGACUGACACUCAGAUGUAUUCGAAGCGAGAUGCCGCACGCAGCCAGCAUCAAUCUUAAUCUCAGCGAGGCCAUCGCCGCGGGCCAGUGCGCUGGUACAGCCACCACAGCCGUUGGCCUCUUUGGCGGCAUGGUCGGCCUGCUGCUGCAGGCCCUGCUCUCGGCCCAGUGCCAGAUAUCGCCCGCCGGCCAGUGGCCAGCCGACUACGCUGGCGAUCUGGGAGAGCCGUACGACUUUGUGGUGAUUGGAGCGGGUUCCGCGGGCUCUGUGGUGGCCAGUCGCCUCAGCGAGAAUCCCGACUGGCGGGUGCUGGUGCUGGAGGCCGGCGGCGAUCCACCCGUGGAGGCUGCGCCACCGGCCUUGUUCUUUGGCCUGCAGCACACGGAAUUCAUUUGGAACUACUUCACGGAGCCCAGCGAACUGGCGAGUCGUGGCCUGAAGAACGGACGCGCCUACUGGCCGCGGGGCCGCAUGCUGGGCGGCUCGGGCUCGGCCAAUGCCAUGCUCUACUUGCGGGGCAAUCGGCGGGACUACGACGGAUGGGCGGCCCUCGGCAACGAUGGCUGGAGCUACGAUGAGGUGCUGCCCUACUUUGAGCGCUCAGUGCGUGCCCAGGGCAACGAGAGCCAUCCGAAGGGCUACGUGACGCUGAAUCCCUUUGAGCGGCAGGACGACGACAUCCACCAGAUGAUCCUGGCGGGCGGCCUCGAGCUGGGCAUGCCCUAUAUGGCCGAGUUCGCGGAGGGCAGCGAGACGGGCUACGCCCAUGUGCCGGGCACAGUGCGGCGGGGGGAGCGCAUGAGCACGGCCAGGGGCUAUCUGGGAGCGGUGGCCGGCACGAGGCCCAAUCUGCAUGUCGUCAAGCACGCCCUGGUCAAGCAGCUGCACUUCCAGGGGGACCUGCUGCAGGGCGUCAGCUUCGAGCGGAAGGGCCGCCUGCAUCGCGUCGAGGUGGCCAAGGAGGCCGUGCUCUCGGCGGGCAGCAUCGACUCCCCCGCUCUGCUGCUGCGCUCCGGCAUCGGUCCGCGGCAGCACCUCCAGGAGCUCGGUAUUCCACUGCAGUGGGAUCUGCCGGGCGUGGGUAAGAAUCUGCAGGACCAUCUGGUCGUCCCGCUGUUCCUGCGCCUCAACGCGGGCCAGUCAGAUGCGGCCAGCAGCCAGCAGGAGCUGCUGGACAGCAUCUAUGACUAUCUGAUCCAUCGCAGGGGCGCCCUGGCCACCCACAGCACGGCCUCGCUGGUCGGCUUCGUGAACACCAAUGGCAGCGGCAUCUACCCGGACGUGGAGAACCAUCACCUGUUCUUCCGGCGUGGCCGCCACGACAUGCUGGAGAUCUUCCUGCGGGGCCUGUCCUUCCAGGAGCAGUACCAGCAGCAGCUGCAGGGCCUGCUGAGCGGCUCCGAUCUGCUCUGCGUGUUCCUGCUGCUCUCCCAUCCGCAGGCCAGGGGCGAACUGCGCCUGCGAAGCCCCGAUCCGUCCGUGGCGCCGCUCCUCGUCAGCAACUACCUGUCGGAGCGGGAGGACGUGGCCACCGUUCUCCGGGGCAUUCGCUACAUUGAGUCGCUCGAGCGCACCCAAUCGUUCAGGGCCCAGCUGGCCGAGAUGGCACACAUACCCAUCGAGGAGUGCGACUCGCGGCACGAGUACCGCAGCGACGGCUACUGGCGCUGCUAUGCGAGGCACUUCACGGUCACCUGCUACCACCAGACGGGCACCGUCAAGAUGGGUCCCUCCGCCGACGCCCAGUCGUGCGUCAGCCCGCGCCUGCAGCUGCAUGGAGCGCGCAACCUGCGCGUGGCCGAUGCCAGUGUCAUGCCCAAUGUGGUCAGUGCCAAUACCAAUGCGGCCACGGUGAUGAUUGGCGAACGGGCAGCGGACUUUAUCCGCGAGGAUUGGCACCCGGAACGGCGCCAGCAGGUGAAGGUGCAGCAGCACAUGCACGCGGAUGGUUUGUAGUCAAGUCAGGUAUCCAUCAAGCUGUCCGACAUCAAAGCCGUUUUACAUGUACAUUUUGUGGUUUUAUCACUC